UGGUGGAAAAGGGAAAAGAUUUCAUCAAAAAAUGGCCCGCAUCAAUGCAGAAGUAGAGUCAGAUAGGCGCUUGAAAGAUAUGCACUUUGACAAGCUGUUUGGAGACGUGUUGGAGGCAUUAAUGGGGGCAGUGUUCGUAGAUUCAGACUUUGAUAUAAGAGGAUGUAAGACGGUCUUCUUAGAUGCUCUGAUGCCUGUCUAUGUUUGAAAUAUUUGAGCCUUUUUCACCUUGAUCAACAUCGUAGCAGUAGCUUUUAAUAGAAAAAUCU